UCCGGCGGGCCCUCGCGCGGCGGCGCGGCUCUAAGGGAGUGGGGGCGCGAUCGGCGGCGACAUGAUAAAGAAGUUUGACAAGAAGGACGAGGAGUCCGGUAGCGGCUCUAAUCCUUUACAGCAUUUGGAGAAGAGUGCUGUGCUUCAGGAGGCACGUAUCUUUAAUGAGACCCCUAUAAAUCCACGAAGAUGCCUGCAUAUCCUUACCAAGAUCCUUUACUUGUUGAACCAGGGUGAACACUUUGGAACCACUGAAGCCACAGAAGCUUUUUUUGCCAUGACCAGAUUAUUUCAAUCUAAUGAUCAAACCCUUAGAAGAAUGUGUUACCUCACUAUCAAAGAGAUGGCCAACAUUUCUGAGGAUGUCAUCAUUGUCACAAGCAGUUUGACCAAGGACAUGACAGGGAAGGAAGAUGUGUACCGAGGCCCGGCCAUCAGAGCGCUCUGCAGGAUCACUGAUGGUACGAUGUUACAAGCCAUUGAGAGAUACAUGAAGCAAGCCAUUGUGGACAAAGUCCCCAGUGUGUCCAGUUCUGCACUGGUGUCUUCCUUACACAUGAUGAAGAUCAGUUACGAUGUAGUCAAACGGUGGAUCAACGAAGCUCAAGAAGCAGCUUCUAGUGACAACGUCAUGGUGCAGUACCAUGCUUUGGGGCUGCUCUAUCACCUUAGAAAAAUCGAUCGCCUUGCGGUUUCCAAGAUGCUGAAUAAAUUCACAAAAUCUGGACUGAAAUCCCAGUUUGCCUACUGCAUGCUGAUCCGUAUCGCAAGCAAACUCUUGAAGGAAUCUGAAGAGGGCCAUGAAAGUCCACUGUUUGACUUCAUUGAGAGCUGUCUGCGGAACAAGCAUGAAAUGGUUAUUUAUGAAGCUGCUUCUGCCAUCAUCCAUCUCCCAAACUGCACGGCCAGGGAGCUGGCACCAGCUGUUUCAGUGCUGCAGCUCUUCUGCAGUUCUCCCAAACCUGUCUUGAGAUACGCAGCCGUACGGACCCUUAAUAAAGUGGCCAUGAAGCAUCCCUCUGCAGUCACUGCCUGCAACCUAGACCUGGAAAACCUCAUCACUGACUCCAACCGCAGUAUCGCUACCCUGGCCAUCACCACCCUGCUGAAGACAGGCAGUGAGAGCAGUGUAGACAGGCUCAUGAAACAGAUCUCUUCCUUCGUGUCAGAAAUAUCAGAUGAGUUUAAGGUAGUGGUGGUACAGGCCAUCAGUGCUUUGUGCCAGAAAUACGGAUUUUAAGUGUUCUCCUUGAGAAAUAGUGUGAACUGUAACUUUUUACCUAAUUUGUCAAGAAGUGAGGAGAAGCCUUUGAAUUAACAUAGUCCCUCCAGGAAGGGUAAUGAUAGUAUAAUCAGCAUCAUUGAGGAGAAUCCCGAGAGUAAGGAAUCUGGCUUGGCUCACCUCUGCGAAUUCAUUGAAGACUGUGAACACACUGUCCUGGCCACAAAGAUCCUGCAUCUGCUGGGGAAAGAGGGGCCGAGGACUCCGUCCCCGUCCAAGUACAUCCGCUUCAUCUUCAACAGGGUGGUGCUGGAGAACGAGGCGGUGAGGGCUGCUGCUGUAAGUGCUCUGGCAAAGUUUGGUGCCCAGAAUGAGAAUCUUCUUCCCAGCAUCUUGGUGCUUUUGCAGAGGUGCAUGAUGGACAGUGAUGACGAAGUUCGGGACAGAGCGACGUUUUAUUUGAUUGUGCUGCAACAGAGACAGAUAGCACUGAAUGCUGCCUACAUUUUUAAUGGGUUGACUGUCUCUGUUCCUGGCAUGGAGAAAGCCCUGCAUCAAUAUACACUGGAGCCUUCAGACAAACCUUUUGAUAUGAAAACAGUUCCACUGGCUACUGCACCAAUCUUUGAGCAGAAAGCAGAGAUUGCCCUGGUGACCAGCAAACCCGAGAAAGUUGCUCCUUCACGUCAGGAUAUAUUCCAAGAACAACUAGCAGCCAUUCCAGAAUUUAAGAGCUUGGGUCCCUUAUUCAAGUCUUCGGAACCGGUGCAACUCACGGAAGCGGAAACGGAGUAUUUUGUUCGUUGUAUUAAACACGUGUUCACAAACCACAUCGUUUUCCAGUUUGAUUGCACAAACACAUUAAAUGAUCAGCUGUUGGAGAGAGUCACGGUGCAGAUGGAGCCAUCGGACGCUUACGACGUGAUCUGUUGCAUCCCAGCGCCCAGCCUGGCUUACAACCAGCCUGGCAUGUGCUACACCCUGGUCCACAUUCCCCAGGAUGACCCCACUGCAGUUGCUUGUACUUUCAGUUGCACGAUGAAGUUCACUGUUCGAGACUGUGACCCGAACACAGGUGUGCCAGAAGAUGAUGGCUAUGAUGAUGAGUAUGUGUUGGAAGAUUUGGAGGUGACCGUGUCCGACCACAUUCAGAAGGUUUUAAAGCCAAACUUCGCGGCCGCCUGGGAAGAAGUGGGAGAUGACUUUGAGAAAGAAGAAACCUUUGCUCUUAGUUCCAUUAAAACCCUUGACGAAGCUGUCAAUAACAUCAUCAAGUUCCUGGGCAUGCAGCCCUGCGAGAGAUCAGAUAAAGUGCCAGAGAACAAAAAUUCUCACACGCUCUACUUAGCUGGUGUAUACAGAGGUGGCUGCGAUGUGUUGGUGAGGUCCAGGCUCGCGCUCGGAAAUGGUGUGACCAUGCAGGUGACAGUGAGGAGCAGAGAAGAAACCCCCGUAGAUGUCAUCCUGGCUUCCGUAGGCUGAGCGUUACCGGCGCGUGGACCGCGGUGGAAACCUUUGCAAAGCGGCUCUUGGGUAUCGAGCAGCCUUGUCUGUCCUUCUGCAUGUAGUUUUUUUUUAUUCCUCAAUUUGGUAAAUAUUUUGUAUGAUGUUACAGUAGUGGCUGGGUUGGUACUGAGCCCUUCUCCUGUCCCUUCCCUCGUUGUCACUUAACACAUUCCCUUCUAACUUAUUGCGUCUCUGGCCACUUGGGGUAGAGCAGGGAAGAUAUAAAAAGAUGCAGGUGGUUAAGAAAAUGGAAUCAGACUUUUGUCAAAACUGAUUUUUAUUAACAGAAAAUAAACACUGGUCGAAGUAGUGGAA